GCCACAUGAUUUGAACACGAACAAACAACAAUCCAAGCAAGAAGAAAGCAAAGAAGAAGGAACAAGAAGAAGUUGAAACACGACGAUGAGUGCGAAGUAUGCACUGCCAUCAAAGCUGCGUGCCAGUGUGGCGGCUGGCGUCUACGGCAUGAAGCCAACCUCGGGGGCUUGCCCAGGCUACCUGCAGGCGAAUGUUGUGAUCAUGCCGUCCUCGUACGCGCAAGACUUUGAAGAGUUCUGCAAGCGCAACUACCGCGCGUGCCCACUCUUGUACAAGUCAACCCCUGGACAACUCCACGCCGGCCCUCUCGCACAGGACUCUGACAUCAGGCAGAACAUUCCUGCUUACGAGGUGUUCCGCAACGGCAAGCACGAGGGCCGCGUUGGCAACAUCAAGGACAUCUUCACACAGGACAUGGUCACCUUCUAUGUCGGGUGCAGCUUCAGCUUUGAGCAGGCGCUCACCCGGGCUGGCGUGCCCGUCAGGAACAUCGAACAGGGCUGCAAUGUCUCCAUGUACAGAACAUCGCGUGACUGCGAUCAGGUUGGCCCCUUCAAGGGCAAGAUGGUCGUCAGCAUGCGUCCGGUCAAGAAGGACCACAUCUCCACUGCAGUCUCCGCAACAGCACCUUACGUUCUUGCUCACGGCGUCCCCUUUCACACUGUUGACCACCGCCUGCUCCUGCCCAAGACAACGCGACUUGAAACGCCAGACUACGGCGACGCCGUCGAUGUGCGAGGCGAUGAGGUUCCGUGUUUCUGGUGCUGUGGUGUCACCUGUCUCGAAGCCGUCAAGUCAGCCAACCUUCCCAUCGUCAUCACACACUCCCCAGGCUGCAUGUUCGUCACAGACGUUAAGGAGGAGGAUCUAUUCUCCAUCUCAGACUCUCCAAUCCUGAUGGGCGCAACCCAGCGCGCCAUGCAACACAUCAACUCCAUCGAAUACGCAAUCAAGGAGGACCCUGGUGGCCGAAACGUGAACGCGUUGACACUUCCAAACCAGCUCUGGUCUGCGUGCCAUGCCCUCCACAGUGCCACUCAUAUCGCAAUCACGACAGGAUUCCCGUGUCUGGUGACUCGCUCGAUUCCAACGGAGAGCGACGGCCCGCUGGGCGCCCUCUCCCUCGCACGCACACUCGUCCUCCUCGGCAAGCAGGUGACGCUGGUGGUUGAUCCUGCAAACAUGGCUGUGAUGACUGCAGCCCUGCAGCGGGCACGCGAGCUGGUGCCAGCCCUUGCUGACAAGUGCUCCCUCGUGGAGUUCAACGCAGACAAUGCAGAUGCGUCUGACAGCAGCAGUGAUGAUCAAACCACCCGUGCACGCGCGGUGAGCGAGCAGCUGUUGUCGCGCGGAGUUGACGCGGUCGUGGCGGUGGAGCGAGCCGGCGUGGCGUCGAGUGGGCACUACCACACGAUGCGCGCGGCAGUGAUGGAUCAGCACGUGCAGCCCAUCGACCACCUCUUCACCCUCGCCCAGGAGCGAGGUGUUGCGACCAUUGGCGUUGGCGAUGGCGGCAACGAACUCGGCAUGGGCAAGGUGCUUGACCUUGUAAAGGAGCAUGUGCCACGCGGUGAGGAGAUUGCGUGUGUUGUCGGCUGCGACUAUCUCAUUUCGGCCGGUGUGAGCAACUGGGGCGCAGAUGGCCUGGCUGCAGGCGCCGUCGCCCUCGCCACCUCAAACCCGACAGAGGCGGAACCGCUGCUGCCGGACGUGUCCUUUGAGAAGCAAGUGCUGCAAGCAUGCUUUGCUGCUGGUUGCCGGGACGGUGUCAAGCCCGAGGCAGACAUGAGCGUGGAUGGCAUGGCCUUUGACGCCGAGCACGUUGCCAAGAUUGACGAGCUACGCGCCAUCCUCCUUGCGCAAAAUUGACUUUGUGGUGCUUGUUCAACUUUGCCUUGUUUUUUUUUGCCGCACGGUGUGCUUGCAAGCAAAAGCAAAAUCUGAAACCUGGGUGGUGCAAUUGUUUGACGGCGAUGGUGGCGUUGGUCAGGUUUUGAUGCAUGCAUGCACGCAGACCGUUACGAAUAGUCUCUGA